CGGACGGAGACAGUGGCAGGUGUUGGGGGCUUCGCGCUCGCCCGCAACGCUCGUGUAACGGUGCUCGCGCUUGCCAGGUGAAGGCCGACCUGAUGACGUGUCGUUUCUGCGCUCCGUAAGCGAACAAUUCCGCAUAAGAUCGCAACUUUCCCAGUGAUAUUAACAGCCUCGGCGGCCGCGGGUGGGCAACCGCCUGCUUGGAAUGUGAUCGAGCUGUCGGAGUCACCUGUUCGUUGGGAACUGUGAAGUGAAAUUCAUUUGCUUCGAUUUCUGCGCAUCGAACGGAUAGCAGUCACGAAGCAAAAAUUUUGGUCGGGGUGACUGGUUCACAGAAGUGUUUCCGUUUGUGUUCUUUUAUUUAUCCUGGACAUCGCUUUCCAUCUGUGACGUGACAUUGUACUCUAGCAAGACGCAGAGACUUUAGGUUAGAUUCGCGCCCUGAUGGCCGUUCCGAGGCGGUGCCGGCGGCCGCGCAGCCCAGUGCUGGCAGCUCCGCAGCCGCGGACGCUGCCGCUGCCAUGAGCGCCAUGGUGGCGCACCUCGUCGACACCAGCAACAACAACAACAACAACAACAACAGCCUCUGCGGCAGCGGCGGCGACCACGCCGGCAACAACAACGGCGGCGAGCCCGGCUUUCAACUCGACACCGCGGACCCCUCACCCGGCGACCUGGCGCUCCUCGCCAAACUGGAGGAGGCCAACAGGCUUAUUGAAGCCGAUGCCAAAUCCUUAAAUUCUCUUUCUGGAAACAGCGGCCAUUCCAGAAAGAGCUCGGACACAUCCCAGAUAUCUUUGACAUCAGGGACCAGUUCAAGUCAAGAAAGAAAUGAAGAUGGUGGUGAAGAAGAUGUAUGGAGCUUAUGGGGCCGCAUUUCUAAUGACUGGGAGAAUUAUUGGAAAAAAAGAAACCCAUUUGUCAGAGAACUUGUUCGAAAGGGUGUUCCACACCACUUUAGGGGUAUUGUAUGGCAGCUGCUAUGUGGUGCCCAUGAUUCUCCUGUCAAGAAACAAUAUGCAGACUACAUCAAGGCAACAUCUGCAUGUGAAAAGGUGAUAAGGCGAGAUAUUGCACGCACGUAUCCUGAGCAUGACUUUUUUAAGGAGAAAGAUGGCUUAGGACAAGAAAGCUUGUUCAAUGUGAUGAAAGCUUAUUCAUUACAUGAUCGUGAAGUGGGCUACUGCCAAGGUUCUGGCUUCAUUGUUGGACUGCUUCUUAUGCAGAUGCCCGAAGAAGAAGCAUUUGCAGUUCUAGUGAAGCUUAUGCAAGAAUACAAGAUGAGGGACAUGUUCAAACCAACUAUGGCAGAACUUGGGUUGUGCAUGUAUCAAUUGGAGAACCUUGUGCAGGAGCUGAUUCCUGACCUGCACAUCCACUUCCAGUCUCAGAGCUUCCACACAAGUAUGUACGCCAGCAGCUGGUUUCUUACACUCUUCACAACUGCGCUGCCUCUAUCAGUUGCAUGCAGGAUUAUGGAUGUGUUCCUAUCUGAAAGCAUGGAAAUAAUAUUUAAGGUAGCUCUUGCACUGCUUACUCUUGGGAAAGAAGAUCUCCUGUGUCUCGAUAUGGAGGGGAUGUUAAAGUACUUCCAAAAGGACCUUCCCCCAAAAGCAGAAGCUGAUAUUGAUGGCUUAAUGCAACUUGCAUACAAUAUCAAAUAUAAUCCAAAGAAGAUGAAAAAGUUGGAAAAAGAUUAUACUGUAAUGAAAACAAAAGAGCAAGAAGAAAUGGUAGAAUUACGGAGACUUCGCACAGAGAAUCGCCUUCUCCGCCAACGGGUGGAACUACUAGAAGCUGAGUCCAGUGAGUUGGCGGACAGGUUAGUCCGUGGGCAGGUCUCACGUGCUGAAGAGGAGGAGACAUCAUUUGUUGUUCAGCGGGAACUAGCAGCACUACGUCACACUCACCUUGAGACUUCACAUCAGCUGGAGUUAGCACAUGAAGAAAUUCGAAAUCUUUCCUUGCUUAUGCAAGAGACGAACUCAUCACGCCAGUCUUCAUUGGAGGAAGUCACUCACAAACGUGAGCUGCUGAGUCAGAAGGAAGAACUAAUAGAAUGCCUUCAGGAUGAGCUGGUAAAAGUGCGCUUGAGAGAGGCAGAGAACGAUGCACUUAUUCGUGAUCUCCGUGCACGUAUACAGGAGUUGGAAGAGGAUAAGAAAACUCUUCGUGAAACUACUCCAGACAAUUCUGUGGCCCAUCUCCAAGAGGAACUGAUAGCUGUCAAACUAAGGGAGGCAGAGGCAAACCUCUCACUCAAGGACCUGAGGCAGAGAGUUUCGGAUUUAAUUGCACAGUGGCAGAGGCAUUUGCAGGAACAUCGAAUGGAAGCUCAGCCUCCACCUGAUAGUACACCGAAGAAACUGCUUUUUUGGGAAAGUCGGGGAAAUGAGACACAACGUCUUGAGGAAGACCUGAUGACAACACGUCUUCGUGAAAUGGAGGCACUCACAGAAUUGAAAGAACUCAGACUAAAGGUUAUGGAACUUGAGACACAGGUCCAAGUAAGCACAAACCAGUUGCGACGACAGGAUGAGGAGAAAAAGAACCUUAGAGAUGAACUUGAUCAGGUUAUGACACGUGAACGAGAAUUACAGUCAAAGCUCAAAGAACAGCAGAAUAGAUACUCUGAUCUUGAAUCAAAGAUGAAAGAUGAGCUGAUGAUGGCUAGAAUAAGGGAUGCAGAACAUACACAAUGUGUCGCAGAACUUACCCAGAAAAUCUCGGUUCUCGAAUUAAAGAACCAGGAGAUGGUUGCAGAAGGAGAACUACGUAGCAACAUGGAUGACAGUGAAAAAGUUCGUGAUUUACAAGACAAGGUUGCUGACCUCAAGGCUGAGAUCAUGAGGCUAGAAAGCUGGAAAGAGCGGUGGACAGGAGGUACCCGAUCACAAGCCUCACGCUCAGCAUCAGUGGAUACAGAGAGUGAGCAUGAUGAGCCAUCUGAUCUUCAUCUCCACCUUAAUGGUAGUGGCAGUGAAGCUCCAAGCCCUGAGGUCUGACCAUGGCCGCUGGCCGGCAGGUUCGGCCUGAUGCCCAGAAGGCUCACCACCGUCCGCACAAACUGUAUGUGCAACAGCACUUUCGUUCUUUCAGCAGAAGCUGGAACUCCUCGCUGACCUGGAAGGAUAACUUGCAGUGUACUCAAACUUUUAGGAAUUGUUUGAGAAUGGCAUCUAAUUCUCUCGAACUGAACUGGACUCGGUAGAACUGCAGUCACCUUCCUGCUAAUAAACAAUGAUGUUAUGUUCCUACAAAAAAAUCAUUGUGUAUUUAUAAGUAAAUGUCAGCAGUUAUCCUCAGCACACGCUGACAUCAAAAACUUUUUUCAUGUUCUGCAUAGCAGAUCCACUUUACAGAUCUUUGCAAUGAACUUGAUAUUCAUGUGAUUAUUGACAGAAUAUUAAUCAACGUUUCGAUAGACUUUUGAGCUCUGUUAAAUCCAUUAUAUAAAAGUUUUCUUUUCAUUACUGUGUUUCACUCAGAUUUGAGGUUUCUUAAUUUCUGAUGUUAUUGUGAUAAUUGUAACAACUGUGUAACUUACAGUCCUGCCAUUGUUUGGUUUCUAUAACUCUAAUUUAUAAGCUUUAUACUUUCCAAAUCUGCAGCUUCUUGAGACUAAAGAGCUUUAUAUAACUGAUUUUCCAAUGUAUUAAAUUUUGUUCCUGUCGUUGUUUGGCUUCAUGGCAGCUGUGACUGUUCAGCGAUUUAUGAUGAUGAAGUGGGCUUUGUUUUGGUCAGUUCCUCAGUUCAUGAAAGAAUAUUGGUCCUGUUGUUCCAUCAUGAAAAUAUGAAGUGAUAUUUGGCUUUACAUAAUCUAUUUCACUCUUCUCAGAGGAGCAUAUUUUUCAUAUUUGAUUUAUUAGUUGCCACUAGGGGGGAGGGGGUAUGACACAAUCUUAUGAAAUACCAUGCAAUCAGUUUUGAAUAAACCCUUCCUUUUAUGGAAUUACUUCUUGUGUGGCAGUGAGAUAGUUGCUAAGAUCUAGUAGCCAUUAUUUCUAUGAUUAUAUUUUGAUUUUUUGUGCAAACUUAAGUACUGCUCCAAUAAUCACUGUUACUCUAUAUUCUGCAAUAUGGGAACUAAUAGACAUCAAACUGCUGUGAUUUCAGAAGCAUCUGUCAGAUUUAUUUGAGACAGCAUUAAUUUUUCUUAAGAGCAUACACAUACAGAAUUCAUAACGAAAUGGUGCUAUUUCUGUAAUAAACUAAAUUUUUCGUUGGUGUUGACACCCGUUAAAAACAAAAUUAUAAUUUAAAGCAGGAGUUUUUGUGGAAUGUUAGUGAAGACACCAAUUUGUCAUUUUUGGUGGCUUGCUUUCAGUGGUUAGAAAUGCAGCUGAAGUCAGCCUUUUGUGUACUUAACAACAAAAAUUAUACUGUUAUUGUGAAAAAUGAUUUGUCUUGAAUUUUGUGGAUAGCCUAUUUAGUGUUUGAUUGUCAGAAUACAAAUGGUGUGACUUUCAUGACAUAAGUCUGAAAAAUAGUGAUUUGUGGCAUGGGAACUGAAAACAUUUGUUCCUGUGCUUCAAAAUGAGAGGACCAGGAAAUAACUGUGCAUUUGUCAGUGAGUCUGUGUGACAGUAUUUUCAUUCUGUGCUGUAAACUAUAUUCAAUGUUUAUAUGUGUUACAUGUGUCAUGUGUAAAUUAUUUAAUAACACUUAUUAGAUGGAGCAGCCAGAAAUGGCUGUAGUUAGGCCGACAGUGCAAUGAUUGACAGGAUGAGACAAGGUGCUGUGAUACAUAUGUUUACCUGUAUAUGUGGCUACUGUCUACAGUGUUAUACAGCCAUGCCAAAUUGCAACAUUGUGGUUUCAGUAUUAUCACUGUGUACUUGAUAGUUGAUUUUGUUUAUAGGUGGAUAUUAGCAGCAGGAUUGGUAAUACUCAAGUAAAUGUAGUGGUUUUUACAUUUAAAGGAGAAGUUUAGAACUGCUAAUCUUUUAAAAACUUUUGUUUGAAGUACUAAAUGUAUGCAGGAAGUGUCAUUGUAGCAAAGGUAAUAUAUAUCUCAUUAAUUUGCAUAGCAAAGGCUGUUAAAUCUACAUAUUCAACAAUUUAAUUUAGAAAUGUACUUACUUUUUUAAAACAAGCAUUUAGAACUGUUAAUGAUAUUUAAUACUAAAGUGACAUCCUGUUUGUUUUAAAAAUCUCAUUCAUUCCAAAAAGUGAAUAGUACUCAGCCUUGAUCAAUGCAGUGGUAUCAGUUCCAGAAUUAGCUUAACAUUUUAGCUACUAGGCAUAGGCAGUACUUCAACAUUUUUUUCUGUACCUGUUCUGAUUAGUUGUUUGCUUUCUGUGUCUCAUUUGUAAAUUAAUUACUGUUGAAAAUAAUGGGUCCAUUUCCCUGCAAGAGUGGCUGGUGAUUUGUUUAGUCAAUAAAAAAAAUUUUUAAAAAUGAAAGGUUUGUGAUUAAACUUUGCCUAUCCUUCAUGACAUAAUGGUUCUGGAUUUUAUGAUUAUCUUUUUAAAAAGUGCAGUGUUAAUUUUAGAAUGUAACUUCAUAUUGCAAUAGCAGUGUUACAGUAGGCUCUCCCGCAGAAAGCCAUAGUGAUACUGAUGCAUGUUUGUGUUUCUGAGGCAACAAAAAUGAGUAAUUCUCCUCUAGUCUUUUGGUUAUGUCACAGAAAUUGGUGCUAUUGUGAAUAAUUACAAUAUUUCCACUUACAAUCUAUGAACCACCAGUUUUAAAAAUGAUGAUAACCUGAGUGUGAUGAAAAGAAGCAAGCAGAAACAGUCGAUGUCAGAAAAAGUCUGUGUAAAUAUGUUGACACUGUACAAAAGUUGUUUACGGACCCAGGAAAGACAUACGGUAUACAAAGUGAUUAACAUGUUGGACAAAAACAAAGUAAAUUUUUGAUUCAGCUAAUUAUAAAUGUAGGAAUGACUGUACUAGUAAAGUGAAUGCUGAAGAAGUGAAGGAACCUUACAGAUCAUGUGAAAGUAUAAAAAAAGCAAGAAAAAACAAAUACCUUCAUACCUUCACAGUGCAUUUAUGAGGAGGAUGGUACCACAAUUUUCACAAGAAAGAUCAUUCUCCCAAAUUAAACAUUAGAGAAUUGCAGCAUAUUGAAGAGUGGGCCUACAGACAUUACUUUAAUGAACAUUUUGAUCUAUUUCUACUUGCUCCAAAACAUGUGAAUAAUUUAAAAUUGAAUUGACUGAAAAAGAAGGACAAAGGGAAACAUUUCAACAGUGCUCCUGACCUGAACUCCAGAAGGUAGGCGCAGCUAGAGAGAGCCUCAGAAAAGCAAAUAAUGAAACAGUGGAAACAUUUAUUUUCAGUUUUGACUUGGUGAAAACAUUAAUUUGUCUUGACAUGUCAGGAAACUACAUAGCACUGCAGACAAUAACACAAAAAAAAACUUUAACUCGACCUUGUGGGCGACAAGGUUACAUUGUUUGGCCCUCUUGAAGUAAGGAUGUCAUAUCCCAGACAAAACUGGAGCAUGUAUAGUUCGAUGCUGUGGUGAGAUGCUGAAUAGAAGCAUAAAGAAUAGUGUAACAUAUUCUGUAAGUUGUGGCAGUGAAAAUCCAGACUUUCUAGUUAGCAAAAGGGUAAAGAUUUCUGAGCAAUGAUGCAAGAGAGUAGAUUGGAAUCUUAUCCCAAAUGGAGAUUUGCUGUCAUUGAAAAAUUGGGGUACAUGUAUGGUAUUCAUGUGCCUGUCUGUAACUACCGUCAAAACUGAAGGAGUAUAAUCCAUUUCAGGUAGUAAGAAUGCAAAAAAAGAAAAAUAUUUCUGUCACUUGUUGAGAGGAUUACAGUGUCUGGAAUUCACAGAAAGAUAGCUGCUGAUGGACAGCAAGUACUUGUGAAAGAGUGCAAAUUCAGGGAUUUCAUAUAGGAAAUAUCCAUCGAAUGAUACAAUUUAAGUACUGCUUAUGUAACAUUUAACAUUGGAAUUUGCUAGAGGGAAGGCGGUGGUUUUCAUCUUGCACAAGCUGGAGCCUAUGGUGUCAGUUACUGGUUUAUAUACCACAUGUGUCCUGUGCCUUCUACCAGCAUCUAAUAGCAGAUGAUGGAAUUAAUGAAGCAGACUGGAAAUAACUUGACAAAGAUGAGUAAACCAAUAACUCCAAAGGACAUUUUAUGGUUCAUGAAUGUUUGGUUAUGCAGUCAAUGUAAGGUAUAUACAAGUGUUGGAACUUAAAUAGUGGCAACUAUUGAUUCACAACUGAUACAAAAGAAUUACAUGUUUGCACCUGUUACUGUCCUUCAAAGUAGUCACCAGCAUUGUGUAGAACCUUUUCCCAGCAAUGUGGAAGGCGUAGUAUACCGUCAGCAGAGCCUGUACUGUUGAUGGUGCGAAUGGAGCGGUCUGAAGUUAUGGUGAUUCUUGUAUACGACAGUGAUGGUGUUGUCCUAACACAUUACAUUCCUCCACGGCAGACCGUCAAUGCACAGUAUUACUGUUCGUUUUUGGAGCAUCACCUGCUACCAGCUUUGCGAAAGAAGUGGUGACACUUUUUGUGCAUCCCACCCAUCAUUUUGCACCACAGUGCGCAGGCACUUACAGCGCAAGCUGUGCUGCUCUGUUCGGUCGAUGGGACUGGGAAGUACUGUACCAUCCACCAUACUCCCCGGACUUAAGUCCUUGUGACUUUGAUUUAAUUCCAAAGAUGGAGGAACCACUUCGUGGCAUUUCCUUCAGAACUGUUCCAGAGAUUUUACAGGCAGCAGACCACUCCAUUUGCACCAUCAACAGAACAGGCUCUGCUAACGGCAUACUAUGCCUUCCACAUCGCUGGCAACAGGUUCUACGCAAUGAUGGUGUCUACUUUGAAGGACAGUAACAGGAGCAAACAUGUAACACUUUUGUAUCGGUUGUGAAUAAAUAGUUGCCACUAUUAAAGUUCCAACCCUAGUAUUUCAAACUUAACAACUCACCAUUUAGCAUAGAUGCUGAGUCGCAGAUAGGCACAACACCCACACACCUGCAAAUGCAAGUCCAGUGUCGGAUACAUUUGGGGGGGUGUGCCCAAUCCCCCCCUCCCCCUCCUUCUUGGGGGGCGGGGGCUGCACGCAUUGCCAGUCCCACCAGUCAGCCCACACACUAUUUGUUCAUUUCCUUCAUCAGUUGACUCGACUAAAUCGAGUAGUUGUACUUUCCUACGUAGCACGUGCGUCAGCAUCGUCAUAUUUUAUGUGUUUCUGUCUGGCACAUAAAUAGCUAACACGUACCUACGAGAAAAAUCACAGCCUUUCUAGUAGUCUCGAUAUGUUACUCUGUCUGGAAUUUGAGAAAAGUCACGAAUAUUCUACUGUUUUCUUGUACAGAGAACCUUCGAUACAUAGCAUUAUAUACACGGACUAUUUGCCAAAUAGGAAACUAGUUUACAUUCAGAAGCAGAAAUAAUGAGACUGAAGAAUGAAUAAGUAAAAAGUCCUAGUUGUAGCAGUUGCAAGUAUGAAGAUUAGUCAAGAGUGACAGUGUCAGUUAAUAACAGUAAUUCAUAGUAAAAUUGUCAGUAAAAAUAUUAUGUGACUCAUAACAAAAUUUUUACUAAUAAUGUAACAAUAGUUUCCCAUACCUAACUUGUAAUACGAGUUAGGUAUGGGAAAGUAUUGAUGCGUGUAUGCUCGGUAAUAGUGACUUUCGAGAAGAUUCCCAAAAACAUAUUUAUAUCAGAAGAUGGCAUUGUCUUGUAUAUGUGUAUAAUCAGUUCUAAUAAAAGUUUCUUAAACUUUG